AUGAAGAACUUGAGGAAGCAAAAGACAUCGAGUAGGAGAAAGCAGAGGAAGGCACACUUUGCCUGCAACGAUGGAGAAAAGAGAAUAAGAUCGUCGGCCCGUCUUUCCAGGGAGUUGAGGAAGGAGUAUGGCUUCCGGACAUUCCCACUGCGGACUGGAGACACUGUGGUUGUAAAAGGAGGCAAGUUCGACGGAAAGGAGGGUGUUAUUAGCAAGAUCAACUACAGGGAUUACAAGGUGUACAUUGAGGGAUGCUUUGUGACAAAGAAUGACGGUACAAAUGCAUUGGUGCCUAUCUAUCCUUCCAAGCUGACCAUUACCAAAUUCUUCCUUGAAAACGGUAGGAAGGAGCAACUUGAGAGAAAGAAGAGGGCUAGAGAGCACGGUAUGGAGAUUCUCAGAAAGAGACAAGAAGAAGUUGUUUCCAAUUAA